UGGGAAGCAAAAAGGCAUAUUUGAAGAGCCUGCAGUUGCAAUUGGCGGUGAGGAUAGAAAUGUGAGUUUGAUAUCCAAAAGAAGACGAAACUCUGGAAACGUCUCUAUCCAGUCCAUGGCGCAAAAUCGGAAGCUUGAGCUGAUCAACCACGCGAUUCAAUGUCUUUCAGAAGAGAAGAGGAAUCAGUUUCUUGACGCCAAAGACGACGAUGCUGAAUACCAACUCGCUCUUUCGCGACUUCUCACUGAGUUAGAAAUGUCGAAAGGAGAAGGCGCGCUUGAGCAAUCUGAAGCUUCUAGCCCCACAGAGAUAGUACCUUCUGCAGCUGAAAAGGCAGAAAACAAGAAUGUCAAAGUUGAUGAAGUAGGUGAGAGAUGUAGGGGAAAUGAUGAUAUAGUGAAAGAACUGAAGAAUCUAAAAAGGCAGAAUUUCAUUACUCACUGUCUUCUUUCGGUCAUGAUUGUGCUCACUGUAACUUGGCAAAUAUCAGAGGCCUCUCUUGUUUUGAAAGUCAAAGAUGGACUGAACCAUCCAUUUAGAGCCUUUGGAAGUUUGUUCACUGGGAAGUUUAAAUUGCCAGAUAUGAAUGGCCUACGUGCAGAUGACAAAGAUGACCAAUCAGAAUCUUCUGCUCUUCCCUCUCUCAAGAUUCCAGAUAUGCCUCCCAUGGAUAUUUCAAAUUUAGGUUCCAAUGAUGAAGAAUGAGACAAACCAGUUUUAUUUUU